AUGUGGCAGAAUUCAUUAGGUCACUGUGUCUUGAAAGUAGAAUUUCUAAAGGGCAAAAAAGAGCUUGCAGUUUCCUUAUUUCAGACAGUUGUUUUGAUGUUGUUCAAUGAUGCACAAAAGCUUAGUUUUCAAGAUAUUAAGGAUGGGAGGGAAGUGGAUGACAAUGAUUCCUUCAAGUUUAAUGAUGUAUAUACUGCUCCUCUUUAUCGUAUAAAGGUGAAUGCUAUCCAAUUGAAGGAAACUGUGGAAGAAAACGCAAGCACCACAGAGAGAGUAUUCCAAGAUAUCAAUAUCAUGUCCAAUUAUUUUUUUUAG